GUACGAUAACCAGACCUAAACCCUGCAUUUUUGCCCAAGCGCCAAAAACCAAACACAGCAAAACGGUGGCCUUCCUUUCCCUCCGGCGUCAAAAGAUAAAACCCUCUCUCUCGCCGAGAAUCACAGGAAUUCGUUUUUGAGAACAUUAUACUUUCAGUGUGUGAAAGGAAGAACGAAGAAAUGGCGAUAAUAGCUCGAAGCAACUUGAUGACUGCUUUAAGCGCAAUACCAACAAGAUCAUCGUUGUUUGCAAACCAGAAUCAAUUUGCAGAUAGGUCUCGUUUGAUGGGCCUCUUUGGGAUCAAAAGGCGAUUUUCUGCUUCCGGAUUUAGCAUGAGCUUGAAAGCAGGAAUCGUUGGCCUCCCUAAUGUUGGCAAAUCCACUCUCUUCAAUGCCGUUGUCGAGAAUGGAAAGGCUCAAGCUGCUAAUUUUCCUUUUUGUACGAUAGAGCCAAAUGUAGGAAUUGUUGCAGUUCCAGAUUCACGUCUCCAUGUACUUUCUGAUCUCUGCAAAUCUCAAAGAGCGGUUCCUGCAUCCAUAGAAUUUGUAGAUAUUGCUGGACUUGUGAAGGGUGCGAGUCAAGGGGAGGGAUUAGGUAACAAAUUCUUGUCGCAUAUUCGUGAGGUGGAUUCCAUCCUUCAGGUGGUGCGUUGUUUCGAAGAUAAUGACAUUGUUCACGUAAAUGGCAAAGUUGAUCCGAAGUCUGACAUUGACGUCAUCAAUCUAGAACUUGUUUUCUCAGAUUUGGAUCAGAUAGAGAAAAGAAUGGAGAAGCUCAAGAAAGGGAAGGCAAAGGAUUCAAAAUCUAAACUUAAGGAGGAAGCAGAAAAGAUUGCCUUGGAGAGAAUUCAGCAGGCACUUAUGGAUGGAAAACCUGCAAGAUCAGUUAGUUUGACUGAUUUUGAAAAGGAUGCCAUCAAGCAUCUUUGUUUGCUUACAAUGAAACCAGUAAUCUAUGUGGCCAAUGUUGCAGAAUCUGAUCUAGCUGAACCUGAAAGUAAUCCCUAUGUCGAACAAGUGAUGAAUCUUGCAUCCAAGUUGCAGUCUGGACAAGUGACAAUCUCGGCACAGGUUGAAUCUGAGCUUACAGAACUUACAUCUGAAGAGAGAACAGAAUAUUUGAAAUCUCUUGGUGUAAAUGAAAGUGGUCUUGGAAACCUUAUCAGGGCGACAUACAGUCUUCUAGGACUUCGUACAUAUUUUACUUCUGGCGAGAAGGAAACAAAAGCAUGGACAAUACUUGCAGGAAUGACUGCACCUCAAGCUGCUGGAGUCAUUCACUCAGACUUUGAAGGUUUCAUUCGAGCUGAGACAGUAUCCUAUGAUGACUUCGUUUCUUCUGGUUCAUUUUCAGCUGCAAGAGAGAAAGGACUUUAAUCCCAGCAUACUACA